GCGGAAUGAUCUGCGCUCUUCAGUGAUGGUGUAUUUGUACAUCCCAGAUGCCCCAACCUCUUCUUAUCCUCUUACUACCAUAAGUACGUGUGACACGCCUCUAUUGCUCUCUUGGUGACAUCCUCUUUCGCGCCACUGUCUUUUCUCCUUGAACGUUCCCUGAACACGCUAUCUACACGAUACGAUUACGAUUCUCGACGUCAAGUGCAGCUUCAACGAUCAAUUUGUCGCUGUCUUCUAUCCCACCCCAUCCAUCGCAUAACAACGCCUACAGAACACGGUCCCGCAUUCGAAAGCACUCUCAGAAUGGAUAGCACACGCCUUUGCACGCUGCCUGGCGAUACCACCGACUCGGAGUCUGUAGUCUCAUCGGCUGCAUCUCAGAAAGCUGGCACCUUUGACAACAGCGCUAGCGGUAUGAACAUGAACAACUGUCAUAUUGAUGUCAGCAGUGUAGACGAAAGAAAGCUCCUGCGGAAACUUGACAUCACUUUGGUGCCCUGGCUGUCCUUCCUGUACCUACUGAGCUUCUUGGAUCGCUCAAGCGUUGCGAACGCCAAGCUCUAUCAUUUCGAAGAAGAUUUACAUAUCUCAGAUAACCAAUAUCUCAUCGCAUUGACGAUAUUCUACUUCAGUUAUUCAUUUUUCGAGGUACCGUCGAAUAUCCUUCUGAGACGCCUCCGCCCUUCCAUCUGGCUGUCAACUCUCAUACUUCUCUGGGGUGUAACCAUGACCGUUCAAGGCUUAGUGCACAAUUAUAGCAGCCUGUUAGGUGUGCGGUGGCUGCUUGGAACAUUCGAAGCUGGUUUGUUUCCUGGAAUCAACUAUUACCUAUCGUGUUGGUACAAACGUUCCGAGUUUGGCGUUCGGGCGGCUGUUUUCUUCUCUGCUGCUACUGUAUCCGGAGCAUUUGGAGGUUUGAUAGCGGCUGCUAUCUCAAACAUGGAGGGAGUUGGCGGAAAGCCCGCUUGGGCGUGGAUUUUCAUUCUAGAAGGCCUUGUCACGGUGGUCGCGGGAGUCGCUUCGUUUUGGAUCAUUCAGGACUUCCCCGACAAGGCUAAAUUCCUUUCUGAAACAGAACGGACCGCCGUCAUCCGCAGAUUGCAGGGAGACGACCAGUUCAGUGCAAACGGCGAGGAAUUUCAUGCAAAAUAUAUAAAACAGAGUUUCAUUGAUUGGAAGACCUGGGUUGGGGUGUUGGUCUUCGCUGGCGUCUCUAUGCCAACGCACUCUUUCUCCUUGUUUUUACCAUCCAUUAUCUAUCAGCUUGGUUAUAAAGCCACACAAGCGAAUCUUCUGGCGGUCCCCGUUUAUGUACUCGCUUGCAUCGUAACGUGCAUCGUUGGUUUCUCUGCUGACAGAUACGGACGACGUAGUUAUUUUAACCUGGUCUUCUUUGGUAUUGGCGUCGUAGGAUACAUUAUCCUCAUUGUAUCGAGAAACGCAGCACUGUCAUAUUUUGCUGUAUACCUUGCUGCCUGCGGUAUCUUCCCCAUUAAUCCGAAUACUAUCGCUUGGUUAUCUAACAACGUCGAAGGAGCCUACAAGCGGGGCGUUACGUUAGCCAUGGUGAUCAGCCUCGGAAACCUAAACGGCGCCGUCAGCGCAAACGUGUACCGUGCCAGUGAUAGACCUUGGUACCCCCUUGGACAUGGUUUGGUGCUUUUGUACCUUGGCAUUGGCGCAGUUUUCUCAAUAGUAUACCUAAUCCUUCUGAAAAGGGAGAACAAGCAACGGGACCGGGGAGAGAGGGACGAGAUCAUCGGUGACACUACUACCGAGAAGGGGCCUGAGAAGAAUGGCCGAUUCGCCACUGUCAAUGACGCGAAGAUGGAGAAAGGCGAUAAAUGGAGCGGAUAUAGGUACACCAUAUAAGGCAUUUUAUGUGAAUGGCGCUUCUCUUUUUUACAGUCGCCUUCACAGUAAGUACAAGUCGUGUUAUGACGUUUGGGCUCGCGUUACGGUUUCGCGCAAGUUUCGCGUCGGGAAAUCUAUUUUUACAGCGCGUCUUAGCACGUGACUCUUAA